AUGGCGAAUACUACUGCUGGAGGAGCAGCAGCAGAAGAAGAAGAUAACAACAACACCGGAAUGAUGGAAUCGACGAAACAUCCGACCGCGUUACUCGUGCACGUCGUCUUUAAAUGUAGCGCCGUGCUCGUCUAUGUCUUUUGCAACUGGUUUUCGGACGAUUUCGUCAUCAUAUUCGUCCUUUUGACUCUUUUACUGACGAUGGACUUUUGGUGGACGAAGAACGUCUCCGGUCGCUUGUUAGUUGGGUUGAGGUAUUGGAACGAAGUCGAAGAACAAAGCGGGGAGAGCAAGUGGCAGUUUGAAUCGAGAGACGCGGAUGGAAUGCGGUUGGUGGAUGCGACCGAGAAGCGGAUUUUCUGGUGGACGAUAUACGGCGCGCCGUUGAUUUGGGCGUUCUUUUUAACCACGUCGUUGACAAAGUUGAAUUUCAACUACGCGUUGGUGUGUUUAAUGGCAUUGGGGAUGUUGUUGACGAAUACGAUCGGGUACAUGAAGUGUUCGAAGGAUCAGAGGGAACAGAUUAGCGGGUUGGCGCAAAGAGGCGCUCUGAGUUUUUUAACGAGAGGAUACUUUUGA